AUGGCAGAAUACGAAGCAUGUAUCUUCGGUUUGGAAGCGACUAUUGACUUAAAGAUCAAGAUCUUAGAAGUCUAUGGAGAUUCCGCGUUGGUAAUCAGCCAAAUCAGAGGAGAUUGGGAAGUUCGUGAUCCCAAGUUGAUCCCCUACAGAGAACAUGUUUUGAAGCUGAUACUGUAUUUCGAUGAAGUUACAUUCCAUCAUAUUCCCCGAGCGGAAAAUCAAUUGGAUGAUGCUCUGGCCACCUUGGCUUCCAAGUUUAAGGUCAAAUGGAAGAAUGAAGCACCUUCUUUCCAACUUUAUUACUUGGAUGAGCCAACGUACUGUUUAGCGGUUGAAAAGGAAUCAGACGGUCACCCAUGGUUUCACGACAUCAAAAAGUAUCUAGAGAAGCAAGAGUAUCCAGAGGAUGCAUCCAUUACGGACAAGAAGUACCUUCGAAAGCUCUCGGCUAAGUUCUUCUUAAGCGGAGAAGUGUUGUACAAGAGAAAUUACAACUCGGUCCUGCUCAGAUGCGUGGAUAGACACGAAAACAGACCGGUUCAUAAUGGAAAUACACGAAGGAUCCUUCGGUACACACGCCAGUGGGCACACUAUGGUAAAAAAGAUCUUGAUGGCAGGUUAUUACUGGAUGACGAUGGAGAUCGAUUGUCAUCGACACGUCCAGACAUGCCAUAA